CCUCUGCUGUCCCUAUGAUGCAUCAGGUGAGUCGUACUACCAGUAGCAUCACACUGUCAUGGCCUCAGCCAGACCAGCCCAAUGGGAUCAUCCUGGAUUACCAGCUAUGCUACUUUGACAAGGCAGAAGAUGAGGAUAAUUCAUUCACCUUGACUAGCGAAACCAACAUGGCCACCAUAUCUAAUCUGAGCCCAGGCAAGAUCUAUGCUUUCCAAGUAAGAGCCAGAACAGCAGUGGGCUAUGGCCCAUAUGGUGGAAAGAUGUAUUUCCAAACUUCAGUGGGAGGGGAGCGCUCAGAGAUGAUGCAGGAUCGACUGCCGCUUAUCGUGGGCUCAGCACUUGGCGGUCUAGCGUUCUUGGUAGUUGCUGCCAUUGCCAUCCUUGCCAUCAUCUUCAAGAGUAAAAGGCGAGAGUCUCCGUACACAGAUCGUUUGCAGAAGUAUAUCAGUGCACGAGGACUUGGAGUGAAGUAUUACGUUGAUCCUUCAACCUAUGAAGAUCCUAAUGAAGCUAUUCGAGAAUUUGCCAAGGAGAUUGAUGUGUCCUUCAUCAAGAUUGAGGAGGUCAUUGGAUCAGGAGAGUUUGGAGAGGUGUGCUUUGGACGCCUAAAACACCCAGGGAAGCGUGAAUAUACAGUAGCUAUUAAGACCCUGAAGUCAGGUUACACAGAUGAACAGAGGCGAGAAUUCCUGAGCGAGGCCAGCAUCAUGGGACAAUUUGAGCAUCCCAAUGUCAUUCAUCUGGAGGGUGUAGUCACCAAGAGCCGACCAGUCAUGAUUGUCACAGAGUUCAUGGAGAAUGGAUCACUGGAUUCCUUCCUCAGGCAGAAGGAGGGACAAUUCAGUGUGUUACAGCUAGUGGGAAUGCUACGGGGGAUUGCAGCUGGCAUGCGCUACCUUUCAGACAUGAACUAUGUGCAUCGUGACCUGGCAGCACGUAACAUCUUAGUCAACAGUAACCUUGUGUGCAAGGUGUCAGAUUUCGGUUUGUCCCGUUUUAUGGAAGAUGAUGCUUCAAAUCCCACCUAUGCUGGAGCUCUGGGCUGCAAAAUCCCCAUCCGUUGGACUGCCCCUGAAGCUGCCCAGUAUCGCAAGUUCACCUCCUCCAGUGAUGUCUGGAGCUAUGGCAUUGUCAUGUGGGAGGUGAUGUCCUAUGGUGAAAGGCCUUACUGGGACAUGUCCAAUCAGGAUGUAAUUAAUGCCAUUGACCAGGACUAUCGCCUGCCACCACCCCCGGACUGCCCAACUGUUUUGCAUCUGCUGAUGCUUGACUGCUGGCAGAAGGAGCGGGUCCAGAGACCCAAAUUUGAGCAAAUAGUCAGUGCCCUAGAUAAAAUGAUCCGCAAGCCAUCUGCCCUCAAAGCCACUGGGAGCAGCAGGCCAUCUCAGCCUCUCCUGAGCAACUGUUCUGCAGAUUUCCCUUCACUCAGCAGUACCCAUGAGUGGUUGGAUGCUAUCAAGAUGGGCUGUUACAAGGAGAAUUUUGACCAGGCUGGUCUGAUUACAUUUGAUGUCGUAUCACGCAUGACUCUUGAAGAUAUACAGCAUAUUGGCAUCACCCUCGCUGGUCACCAGAAAAAGAUUCUAAACAGCAUUGAGCUCAUGCGAGCCAAUUUGAAUCAGCUUGAACCAGUUGAAGUGUGAUGUUUACACCAUCCUUACUCCACUAGACUCAAACUCUGGAUUGGUUCUGGGGGAAUUCAGAGGGAUUUUCACUGUAAGAAAAAGAGAUGUCAGUAUGCUACUUGAAGACUUAAUGCACCCAGAGACUGCACACUACAUGUCCCAUUCCAUGAACAAAACAAAGCCUUGCUAUGAUUUGAAAGCAGAGCUAAAUAACUGGUGGCAAUCAAAUGUGGCUGACCUCAUACAUUGGGAAUGGGUUGGGGGAGGGAAAGUUAUAAUAACAUGGGGAAGAGAUGGAAUGAUAGCUUGGACAGAUCACAAGCACCUGUUGCCUCUUUUCUGACAACAAAAGGUAUCAGACAACUUUAUAAAGCCAUCAGCAGGCUUUAGCUGCAGCUGGGAGCCCAGCAAACCUACAAAGACGUAAUAAAGACAACAAAAAAUUACCAUUUGUUCCAAAAGAAUGCCAUCGUGAUAUGAGGUUAUUACUCAGAUGGAGAUAAGUAGCAGGCUAUCACUUGGUAUGCCAGCUUGGUCAAGUUCCAGUUAGUGCACAAUAUGGGGUAAGCAAUAAGAGAUGUCACCUGGUGAAGAGUUUGAGAGUAAAAGGCUCAAAAUUCUAUGCU